UAUUUAACUCCGAGCUCCAGUUAGUUCACCUCGCUGAUAUUUUUCUUUUUCGAAAACCGAUCUGCAUUGUUAUUUAACUUAUUUUGAUUUUGAAAUUUAUUUGAUAAUUUACUCAAAUUUAUUUUCAGAAAGGAAUGGUCCGAAAAUGGUAGCUAUACGUAUAAAAAUUUUAGUGUACAUAUAUAAUGCUUAAAAGUUCCAUAAAAAUUAGUAGCUCUUGAGAGCUCCAAUCUACUUUUUUUCAUAGCAGUUAUGGACCUGAAUAGUAUAGCCAAGGCUUUGCGCCAUUGUGGUCGAGUUCGGGCCUUCAAUCCAGGAAAGGUACUUCAUUCCCAUUUGGUCAAACUUGGCAUGUUUAACGAUAUGUUCCUUGCUAAUAAUUUGAUUUCAAUGUAUAUGGAAUUUAGAAAUUUGAAAGAUGCACGGAAGGUGUUUGAUGAAAUACCUGUGAAGAAUAUUGUUACGUGGACCACUAUGGUCUCUGCCUAUACUGAUUUGGGAACACCCCACGAAGCACUCGGGUUGUACACUCAUAUGUUAGAGUCCAAAUCAGACAUACCAAAUGGUUUCAUGUACUCUGCUGUGCUCAAAGCUUGUGGUUUUUUGGGUGACCUCAAAUUCGGUAAACUGAUACAUGAAGGAAUAUGUAAUGCUGGGUUGGAGUCUGACACUGUUUUGAUGAAUACUCUUUUGGAUAUGUAUGUUAAAUGUGGGAGUUUGAGCGAUGCCAAGGCAGUUUUUGAUGAGAUUUUGUUAGCAAAUUCAACUACAUGGAAUACUAUUAUUUCAGGUUACAUCAAGUCAGGUUCAAUGAAGGAAGCAGUGGAUUUAUUUCAUCGAAUGCCGGAACCUAAUGUUGUUUCUUGGAACAGCAUCAUUGCUGGUUUUGCAGACAAGGGUAGCCUGUGUGCCUCUGAAUUUUUACAAAAGAUGCACCGUGAAGGUCUUAAACUCGAUGGAUUUACAUUCCCGUGUGCUCUUAAAACUUGUGGUCGUCAUGGUCUGUUAGAAUUUGGAGAACAGAUCCAUUGUUAUGUCAUAAGGUCUGGCUUUGAGUCCGGCAGGUUUACUGUAUCAGCUCUGGUUGAUAUGUAUUCUGAUUGCAAUAAAGUGAUUUCAGCGACAAAGCUUUUUGCACAGUACUCUAGCUGUAAUUCUUCUAUACAUGAUAACUUAGCACUUUGGAAUUCCAUGCUCUCUGGAUAUGUUAUUAACGAGCAUAACACAACAGCCUUAAAUUUAGUUUCAUUAGUUCAUAGGUCAGGUGCACUGAUGGACUCCUACACUUUCAGUGCUGCUUUGAAGGCCUGUAUGAAUUUGCUCAACUUAAGACUUGGGCUUCAAGUCCAUGGUUUGGUUGUAACUGGUGGGUAUGAGUUAGAUUAUGUUGUUGGAAGUAUUCUUGUAGAUCUUUAUGCAAGAGUUGGGAAGAUUAAACAUGCCUUACAAUUGUUUCACAGGCUUCCGAGAAAAGAUACUGUAGCCUGGUCUGGUUUGAUCACAGGGUGUUCUAAAAUGGGGCCAAGUGAGUUAGCUCUGUCACUUUUUGGAAAUAUGCAUAAUUUGAAUCUUGAAAUUGAUCAGUUUGUUGUUUCAAGUAUUCUCAAAGUUUGCUCCAGCCUAUCUUCUCUUAGAAAUGGCAAACAGAUUCAUGCUUUCUGCACCAAGAGAGGAUAUGACUAUGAGGGAGUUGUGAUCACUUCUCUAAUAGAUAUGUACACAAAAUGUGGUGAAAUUGAGGAUGGAUUAGCUUUGUUUGAAUGCACAACAGAUCGCGAUACAGUAUGCUGGACUGGGAUAAUUGUUGGGUGUGGGCAAAAUGGAAGAGCAAAAGAAGCUAUUCAGUAUUUCCAUGAGAUGAGAGAAUCAGGAAUGAAGCCAAAUGAAAUCACCUAUCUCGGUGUCCUUUCAGCCUGUAGACAUGCCGGUCUUGUCAAAGAGGCAUGGGCCAUUUUUAACUCAAUGAAACUUGAAUAUGGCCUAGAGCCUCUAUUAGAGCAUUAUAACUGCAUGGUUGACCUUCUUAGUCAAGCUGGGUGUUUUAAAGAGGCAGAAAAGUUGAUUGCUGACAUGCCAUGUGAGCCUAACCAAACCAUAUGGAGAUCCUUGCUUGGGGCCUGUGGAACUUAUAAAAAUGCUGAACUGCUUAAUGUUAUUGAUAAAAAUAUUCUUGCAACCUUACCAGAAGAUUCUUCCACCUAUGUAACACUUUCAAAUGUUUAUGCCGAGCUUGGUAUGUGGGAUAGUUUAUGCAAAGUGAGAAAAACCGCCAAGGAAGUAGGAUCUAAGGAAGCUGGAAAAAGUUGGAUUGAGGUCACUAGUUAGAAGUGCUUCUUUAUUGUAGUAAAGUCUACAAGUUUUUGGUGAGUUCUUGAGUGUUUUCUAUUUAGCUGCAUCUGCAAAGCUUUGUUUAUCCAAGUGAUGCAGCCAGUUCCCCAGUGGAGAGAAAUGACUAGAUUCUUCAACUCAGUACUUUGAAAACACGCAUAUGGCAAACAUCGCGAGAUAGUUUACAUGUGUCGAGUUUG